AUGGACCAGAAUAGUGUGGAACUGCAGGCAGAAAGAAUUCUUGAACUUCUCAAGGAAAAACAUGUGUCAACAAUUGUUCUUUCUGGGAAAUCAGGAAGUGGGAAAACAUGGAUGGCAAGAAAAGUUGGUCUGCUGGCAGUCAAAAAGAAAGUAGUUGACAUUACACUUUGGAUUUCUCUGAGUAUUAGGCAUGAUGAGACGUCUCUUUAUGAGCAUAUUGCUCAUCAGUUAUCUCUACUUUCCACUUCUGUGGAGCUGGAAAACUAUGAUAUCCAGGAGGUAGAGAAUAAUGUUGGUAAGGAGGAAACCUUGGAGAGCUUGAAAGAAAAGGUACGUGCAAGACUUUCAACUGAUAAUGUUCUUCUGGGGGUUCUUGUAAUUUUGGAUGAUGAAGGAAACCAAAUGAGGGAAGGGGAUGGAGGCUUAGAACAAGUCCUUCACUCUAUCCAGCAGAAUUCCCAGAACCAUUCAACAACAGCUGCUGAUGGAGAUGGACAGCAAAAACUUAAGGUGCUGAUAACUUCUAGAAAUGAAGAUGGAAGGCACCAAACCCAGGGAGGUAAGGAAGUGGUUGAAAUGAUGCCUCUAACUCCAGAAAUGUCAAUUAUGUUGUUAAAGCAAGGAGCUGUGGCAAAAGUUUUUGAAAUUCCAGGUGUAGAAAGUGUAGUUGCAAAGUUCAUCAAUAGAAAAACAGAUCUUGCACCUGGUGAAGUAUCCUUGCUGGCAAAACUAUUAAGUUACCAUCAACAAGUUUCUGAACUGCAGGGUCAGGAACACACUUUGGAAGAAGCAUGGUAUGGUGAUAACUACAACUGCACCCAGCUGCUCUUAAGUGGAUAUGAAAAUGUGUCAGAUGGUGUUUUAGUUGACUUUUCUGGGCAGGGCAGCCAUUUUUUCCGUGAUAAUGGAUCUGUUCACUACAGUGAGUUGAUAUCAUACUGGAUACUGGAAGGAUAUCUGGGUCCUGUUAAUAGUCUUGAGGAGGCUUAUAAGGAGGGCCACCGCAUUUUGAUGCACCUCAUGGACUGUCAAAUGUUGAAAGAAGUGAAUGAUGAUUUCGUCCACAUGGUGAGAGUAACUGGAGAUGUUUCUUAUCGUCAUCGUCGUGGUUAUGGAGGAACAGCUAAUCUGGGGUUGGCUAAUGUGCUUGUUAAAAGUAAUGAUUGGCAGGGUAUUGGAAAACUCACAAAGGUGGAUGGUAUGAUCAGAACACUUGGCAGUUAUAAAAGAGUGCAGCAAUCAUUAACACUUUUACUCGAUGGCAACUGUCUCAGCAGGGAAAACCCAAAUAAUCUCUUACUCAGCAAUCAGGAGCUGCAAAUUCUGGGUCUUUGCAGUCUCGAAAUUGUAUCCUUACCUCAUUCUUUCAACAACUUCAAAAAACUGAAUGUUCUUGUGCUCAGGGACUGUGAUUUCUUAGAAAAGAUCGAUGACAUUCGAGAACUAAUGACAUUAACUGUCCUUGAAGUAUCUGGUUCUGGCUUGGUGAAAAAACUCAGCUGGCUCAUUCUGAAAAGGUUUUCUCAUUUAACAAAGUUGCAGAGCCUGAAAGAGUGUCAAAACCUUAUGGUUAUUGAUCUUUCUGGUGCUGCCUCCUUACCAACUUUUCCAGAAAAGAACGUGAAAUCAUUGCCGAAACUUCAAACAUUAAAUCUUUCAAACUCCAAGAUCAAAUCUUUGCCUAUUUUUCAUGAAACUGGAGAGCUUACUCAUCUAUCAGUUAGCGGUUGUAGCAACAUGGAUAGAGUGCCCAGCAUUCGGUCUCUAACUAAUCUGCAAGUUCUUGAUCUUUCAUGGUCAACCAUAGUGGAGUUCCAGGACAAGUCAUUUCAAAAUAAUACAAGUCUGAAGGUCCUUGAUUUAUCUGGAACUGCUAUUCCUUCAUUACCUUUUAACAUCGGAAAGUUCUCUGAAUAUUUAGAAAAUCUCCGAGUUCUCAACCUGUCAGGAACAAAAGUCAAAGAUCUACCAUCCCUUUCUGCUCUCCACAACCUCCAUCAGCUGUUACUUUCAUGUUGUCUGAAUCUGGAGAAGUUGCCAAGAGCUGAUUUCAUAGAGCACAAGAGCAAACUUCAGGUUCUAAACCUCUCCGAGACCUUGCUUGAAGAGCUACCGGCCUUAGCGAAUCUCAAAAGCCUUAAGCAUCUGUUUUUGAGGGGCUGUGGACAAUUAGAGGUUCUCCCUCUCUUGGAAGAACUUCACAACCUUGAGAUUCUUGAUCUGUCUCAAACAGCACUGAGGCAACUGCCGUUUAUAGGAAGUUUGAGUAACCUGCAUAAACUGUUUGACAGGCACGUCGUGAGGGCAGGAACCCUUUCUGACAAUUCUGAUCGUGCGCUCUCCAGACGUCAUGACGCGGGCACGUCAUGA